AUGCGGCGCGGUCUCUUAAUCUUUUGUCUCGUCAACCUUCUUAUUCUCUCACUGCUCAUCCGCAGUGUCUCGACUCUUCUUUCACUACUCGUCGAAGAUGCCGCCGCCGACGCGAUUCACCGCGCUGAGCUGCCCUCGCCCAACUCCAGUCUGAUCGAACAGCGACCCCAGAUCAUUCCUAAGAUCAUUCACCAGACAUACAAGAAUGAGACCAUUCCGGAGGUUUGGGUGGAGGCUCAGCAGAGUUGUAUCGACUUGCACCCGGAUUACGAGUACAUUCUCUGGACAAACGAAAAGUCGCGCGACUUCAUUGCUGCUGAAUACCCCUGGUUCUUGGCCACCUUCGAUGGCUACAAGUACCCUAUCCAGCGCGCUGAUUCCAUUCGGUACUUUAUUCUGGCGCACUACGGUGGAACCUACAUUGAUCUCGACGAUGGCUGCAACCGCCGCUUGGAUCCUCUCCUCGCCUACCCCGCUUGGGUUCGCCGCACAGUGCCAACCGGUAUCUCCAACGACGCCAUGGGCUCCGUGCCACAGCACCCCUUCUUCCUGCGUGUGAUCGAAUUGCUGCAGCAGUACGACCGUCACUGGCUCCUUCCCUACAUCACGGUCAUGUAUUCGACGGGUCCAUUGUUCCUGUCUGUGAUCUGGAAGGAGUACAUGCAGGACAAACCGAGCGAGGCCGGGCGCGUUCGUAUCCUCAUGCAGGAUGAGUACAACAAGUUUUCGUGGAGCUUCUUUACCCACCACCGGGGUAACAGCUGGCACGGCAAGGACGCGCAUCUGAUCUUUUGGAUGGGCCAACAUUGGGUCUUCCUCACGAUGUGCGGAUUCCUCGUUGCUGGAAUCGUUGGAUUCUGCCUCUGGUGGAGCUACGGCCGCAUCAUGCUUCUCGGUGCGCAAUACCGCUACCGAUACACAAAAGUGCCCACCCUCCUCAGCCCGUCGCGCUUGUCGACGUCCCCAACACGGCGCUCACGACUCACCGUACCAACAAUCCUCCGCCGAGUCAGUUUCAAAGAAGACGAAGAAUCAGGCGGAGCCACCGAAACCUCCUACGAACUCGGUCGACGCGACGACUAA